AUGAUAGGGGUACAAGUGGAAUUGGAUGAUUCCCCACCAGUUGAACUGAAUGUAAAUGAUUUCAUUGAUGGUCAUCAUUCUGAUGAUGAUGUUGGUCUGGAUGGUGGAGCUAAAGGUGUUGGAGAUGAAGCUAUAGGUGAUGGUGAUGGAGAAGUUCAUGAUGUUGGACCUGAUCAUGGUGUUGGAUAUGAAGUUGUUGGUGAUGGUGAUGAAGAAGGUCAUGGUAGUGGAGAUGUUGAUGAUGGUGAUGGACUUGAAGGUGAUGGUGUUGGACCUGAAGGUGGUGUUGAAGAAUUGGGUGAUAAUGAGGAAAAUCAGGAUGAUGAUGGACAUGAGGUUGUCCCAAUGGUUAGGAGAACAAGGAAAACAUCUGGGAGGAUUACCAAGAUAAAGCUAAGGAAGGGUGUCUAUGACAAAGAUGGUGGUGGUUAUUCUUAUGUAAAGUCAAUCAACUUGGAGUAG